GACAGACAGUGAGUCGAGUCAGUGGUUACAGGCGGACAUGUUGAAGGUGUUUCCGUAAAUGUGGGUGAAUAAUAAGUGAAUUUUAUGCCUCUUGACGGAGUCUCUUAACGGGCUCGAGCGAUAUCCCAGUGUCUCUCUAUGUGAAGUGUCGUGACAAUAGACCUCCAGGCUUUUAAGCCGCAAAGAUGAGCUGGGGCACCGAGUUAUGGGACCAGUACGAGAAUCUCUCGUUGCACACACAAAAAGGUAUCGAAUUUCUGGAGCGAUAUGGACAUUUCAUACGUGAUAGAUGCACCAUCGAAGUUGAGUACGCCGCAAAACUAAGGAGACUUGUCAAGAGUUAUCAGCCGAAAAAAAAGGAGGAGGAAGAUUACCAGUACAGUCCAUGCCGUGCCUUUAAGCUGGAAUUGAACGAAGUGAACGAUCAAGCAGGCCAGAGAGAACUUAUAGCCGAAAAUCUGCAGGCGAAUGUCCUUCGAGAGCUAAAUAUUCUUGUAAAAGACUUCAAGGAAGAUCGAAAGAAACAUUUGCAGGAAGGAGCCAGAUUAAUGGCGUCACUUGCUGGUCAGAUAGGAAAUUUAGAACGUGCCAGAAAAGCUUAUGAAAAAGCAUUUCGUGAAGCGGAGAGAGCGUUGGACAAUUAUCAAAGGGCCGAUGCUGACCUUAAUCUUUCUAGGGCCGAGGUAGAGAAACAGAGAAUGAACAUGACUGUGAAAACGCAGCAGUGCGAAGAGGCAAAAACGGAGUAUGCGAAUCAGUUGCAAAAAACAAACGACAUGCAAACGCUACAUUACCAUACAGCGAUGCCCGACGUUUUCCAACAUUUGCAGGAACUGGAUGAAAAAAGGGUGAAGAACAUGCGGAAUUACAUGAUGAAAUCUGUGGCAAUCGAAAGAGCCGUCGCUCCAAUUAUUGAACAAUGCUUGGACGGGAUAGAAAAAGCGGCGAAUGAAAUUAAUGAGAAAGAAGACACGCUGUUGGUUAUCGAACGUUACAAAAGCGGCUUUCAACCACCGGGGGAUUUUCCAUUCGAGGAUUUAUCAGCUGCAAAAUCAUACGAUAGUAACAGCCAGUUAUCUCAGCCAGUGAUGCAACCAAUCCAUAAUCACCUCACCGUUAAGGGAACAGUUUCCGGUGGGAAGAUUAAAAAACGUGUGGGUCUUUUCGGAAUAUUCAGCAGUAACAAGAAGUUGAUCGAGGUGUGCAUUGCUUUAAAGAACAACGUACCUGGUUAUGGUGAUGGUGCAAAGGAGGAUUGCAGCGAUUUGCCGCCAAAUCAACGGAAAAAGCGCCUUCAGCAACGGAUCGACGAAAUACAAGCGAAGAUCCAACAGGAAACCGCUGCGCGGGAUGGUCUCAUGAAAAUGAAAGGUGUCUACGAACAAAAUCCUGCCUUGGGUGAUCCUAUGAGUAUAGAGGGUCAACUCAACGAAUCCAGUCAUAAAUUGGACAAACUUGGGGCUGAGCUAACUAAGUUUCAAGGAUAUUUUGAUGAAGCUAUGCGUGCUGGCCUUAACUUAUCAAGUCCAAGCCAAAUUUCUCGCAAACCUACGAGCAAUGGUUCGGCGACCAGACCUCUCAGCUCUAGAAGAUCAAGCCAUUCUGGUGGAGAGGAAAGCCUCUCAAGAUCUGCGUCAGACUCAAGUGUUAGCAACGUUAAUACUAGUCAACCAGUGCACAAAAAGAGUGCUCCUGGAACACCUCAACCAAUCCAUGGUUCCACGAACAGCCCGGAGUCCGGCCUGGGAGCAUCGCGAACAUCUUUGCCUGGUAGCGGAGGCGAGGAAUACUACCUUGACGAGCUUGAAGCGCAACCACCUCUAGGAACAUGUCGAGCUCUGUAUCCCUUUGACGCAACAAGCGAAGGAUCCAUACCCAUGUAUGACGGAGAAGAACUCUAUAUGAUUGAACUCGAUCAAGGAGACGGCUGGACGCGUGUGCGACGUAUUUCACAGCCCAUUGAAGGCUUCGUUCCCACAUCGUACAUAGAGUGCAAUCUCUAUAAUACAUAGCUAAGUUCCGGCGAAGUAGCAAGUACCCAAUUACAGAGAUUGGUGGCUCUUGGAGGUGGGAGGGAAAAGUUACGUCCAGCUGAGAUCCCGAGUUUUGAGCAAUGCUGAAAACAAAAGGAGACCGCAAGGAAACAACAGAGCGAAAGGAAGAAAGAAAAAUGGAGUUGCUACAGUUGACUAUUCUAUUUAUAGCAGCUCGGCUGACGACGAAAUAAACAUUUGUGUUACUUAAUAACAAACUUUGAAUUAUACUGUAGCAAAAAUCAAUUUUUCAAUCGAUCGGCGUAAAACCAUAAAUCUUUUUGACGCGUAAUCAGGCUAAAUUGUUUGCCUUGGUGGUGGAUAGUUUUUUACAAGAUCGUACAACAAUCACAGUUGCAUCGGGCAAGAGUAUAUAGUGAAAAAAAGUGAACAAAUCCUGCAGUUUGCGCAUAGAGCUGGCAACGUUAGGGUAUAAAUUUUUAUGCUCAAACUGUACACAUAGUAUUCUCUAUAAGUAAAUAGUGUUUAAUAAUAAGGAUACGGAAUAUAUUUAUGGCAAGGAUUGCCUAGGUGUCGAAAAGUUUGGUGUAAAUGAUCCGGUCAGAUGAGGAAUACGAGAAGACUGAACUACUAAAGUACGUUAGAUGCGACAUCGUGUCGGUGUUACUCUGGAUUUUCAAACUUUACACUAGACAUGUGCAAUUUGCCAUUGGAAAUAUUAAAGUUAGAUUAUGGCGAAUUCAAUUUUAAUGCAUUCGGUACGAUUUCCCUGGUUUUAUUACUCUAUGCUAUAUAAAUGUCGGCAAACUAGGAAAACCGCACUUGGUGUCUUGAAAACGAUGCAGCAGUUAGGUUUGCUAUUAAAUUCUUGUAUAUAACGAGGGUACGGCGUGAAUAACGUUGAAGUAGAGAAAGUUUCUUUCGUGCAGCGUCACAAGUAUCGAGUGUAUAUACAUUAUAUUAAAUUGUACGUUUAAAAUAAAACUUCGUUAUAAAUAUAUAAUAUGAAAUAUAACCAACACGCAAAACCUGUUUCGAGAGAAACAUUAUCUGUGCAAUGCUUCUAUUGAAUCCAUGAUUAUGUGUCCAGGUUUUUUUGAGACUUGUAAUUAAUAUUAUAAUAUUUAUUACUAUUAUUAUUGGUCGCAAAGCACAGAGGUUUGUAUGAUAUUCAAACUUCGAGCAAAGUUGAGAUUUUAUAUUAACAAAUCCCAACAGUAUUGCCAAUAUUGUUAUUUCAAUUGAAAUAUCAAAGUUUCUAUCGAUUUAUAGCAGAAUAAAAAACAAGAAAGAAGCUACUUUCGUUAAAAAUGAAAUCCGCUAGCUGUAUUAUUCAAGAUUAAUAUACGUGUAGGGUAUCUAUCUAAUGUUUAAUCUAAUAUACGUGUCCAUUGUAUGUAUAUUUUGUGAUUUUAUAUCUAUUGACAUGUAUUGUAGAUAAUCAACUCUGCAAUUCAAUUAUACUCUUGUUUAAUAGUAAUAGUAAUAGUAAUGAUGAUGAUGAUAAUAACAAUAAUAAUAAUAAUAAUAAUAAUAAUAAUAAAAUUAAAGGACAUACUAAAAAAAACGUUUAACUCGUUUUUACAGUAGCAGCCCACAUAAUUCGUUCUAACAGUGAGUUUUUUUUUUUUUUUGCAACCGAAUAUUUAUAUUCCUCUUCUCGCACUCUCUGUGUAUAUAAAUAAUAAAAUAUUAUCAAUGACUAGGUAGUUUUUACACGAAUAAAUUAGAGGUCACAAAAUACGGUCAUAUUGAUGUAACGAGACGUCGGUUUUCAUUCUGAUGAGUUUUUUUUUUUACUAAUUAUAAAUACAUAUAUAGUUAUUUGUCGCGUUAACUAGUAACCACGCGAUUCGCGUUAUUGGCGAAUAAUUGAAUAUGGAUCAUUCAGCGAUAUAUCUACAUAUAAAAUACAAUUAUAUUAUUAUACAUGCAAAUAUUCUGGGUAAUUGCCAGAGCCGAAUGCAACAAGUCAUGAUUAAAAUAAUGUAAACUUUUAUUAACAAAAAAAAAAAAAAAAAAAAAAAAAACGUUAUUUAAUUCGCAUUCCACUCACGAUCCAAAUUCCUCAAAAUGAAGGCUGAAUUCAACUAAAGGAUUUUCACGGAAUGAUGAAGAAAGACGAACACUCGCGCGCGCGCGCCAACGCAGCAAACAGAGAAAGGAAAAAAGAAAUCAGUUAGUUUCAUAAAAUGUAUUGCAACGUCCGAUUGGACAAUUGACUAGAUCGAAAUACAGAGUAAUACAAGGUAAUUCUUUUUUUCAAACAUAGGAUACAAUCUUUACAAAGAACAGACGUUUUAAAAUUAAAUACAAAUAGUAAUGUGCUUCGGUAUUUCGGCACAAGAGGCUGUAGAUAAUCUGUCUAAAUCACAAAAAUGCUUUUCAUAACAUGCGUAGUUGGGGCGGCUCUUUAGAUCAAGGCGAGAACAUUGUUUUUACCCUAACUUUGAGCGAUGUUGUUGACGUAGGUACGUAUAUCACCCACCCUGAAACGUUUUAAGUAAUUGAUCUAGUAGCCGCUCAUACACGGCAAACCACCACCUAA